CUGCCCGACCAGCCAGUCUCUCCCGCUUUUCUCGCCCGCUUGCGUCGGUCUUUUCUUUGUCGUCUCCGCAUCUCCGCAUUUUCCCAGUAUCUCGGUAUCUCAGUGUCUCAGUGCCUCCAGUGCCGACAGUUUUCCGCCGACGUCCAAAAAAAAUUGUCAAAAUAAUACAAAAUACGGGAAAAAAGAAGGCAAUACAUGUAAUAAAUAAAAACAAGCCAAGAAAAGCCAACCGUGAAAAUAUAAAUAUAAAUUCCUGGCGUCAACUGUCAGCGACAGUGGCAUUUUCCAGCACAAUGUUGUUCCUGGGCAUUCGGCGAUUUUAGUGGCGGAACACAAUUUUGCGCUUGGCUAGCAAAUGUUCGAGAUGGACCCAAAUGGAUUCAGCGGGACACAGGCGGCGGCAGCUGCCUAGAAAUCCUGGAGUGCCCUACUCCAUCGACACCGAAACUGAAACCCCCAACCUAAAACCAAAACCGAAACCGAAACCGAGACCCCAAACUCGGAAAAUAAUGUGCUGCAGGAGUGGGCAUUAUUGAAGUUGACAACACUUCGGCAGACCGGGCUGAAAGCACAGGGUUAAAAGCAAUCUCUCUUGGGGCAGCCGGAGGAGAACAAUGGUCAUCCAGUGCACAUGUGAUUGCAACUGCAGUGAUAGUAGAGAUAACCGGAGCAUAAUAUCCUGCCUGCUCCCGGGUCGCAGUCAGCCGUACAAGUUCGGAGCCUCGUUCGGUGGCGAUGAUAUGGAGCAGAGGAUACCGUACUACCGCCGCCUAUCGAAUACCUCAUCGGCGCUCUAUGGCAGCUGUCCCCAGUUGUUGCCCAGUAGCAGUAGCACCACCAACCAUCAUUCCUGGCUGAGGAUCCCCAAGAAUCCCCAGGAGAAUACCCAGGAGAAUCCCUCGGAGAAUCCCCAAGAGAACCCACGGCAGUACUCGAGUCUGGUGAGGCCCAAGCAACGCAGUCCCGUGCUGUGCAACAAAUCCUGGUGGGUCUCAUGUCCACGGCUCUCUUAUUUACCCGCUGAGCAAACGAAAAUGCAGUCCACUGCCACGCCCACCCGCCACUGCCACGGUGGGGGAGUGGGAGUAGGUGGUGCCCCCCAAACCACCGGCACACCACCCACUCUGCCCCGAUUUCCCAGCAAACGGCAUUGUGACAAUUUCGGCAGCUAUGCCACAUUGCCCACCAUUGAGCAGCAGUUGACCAUGCCCAUGAUGCCCCACUGCAGUCGACACGGUGGUGGUGCUGCUGCGGUAGUGGGUGGUGCUGGGGGGGCGGGUCCCGGUGUAAUGCCCGCCCCACCACCGCCCCGCUAUGCGAAUCCCAAUUUGAAUGGCUGCUGCUACAUGUACAACCCCAUGCCCGCCGCCCAUCAGAGCCAUCACCUUCAGCACGGCCAGCAUGGUCAGCAUGGCCAGCAUGGCCAGCACCACCCCCAGCUGCCCCACCAUCAGCACCAGCACCACCACCAGAACCAGCACCACCCCCACCAGUACGCCCCGCAAUAUUGCCUCUGCGAUAAUUGGUACCAUCAGCCAGCGCCGCCGCAGCAACAGCACCACCAACAAAGGACCAAGAAUCCGAUGGCCAACGGCGGCUGCUAUUUUGGCUACGAGGCGAGUCAUCAUCCCAAUCUGCAUGCCACGCCACCCCAUCCCAGCCAUAUUACUGACGAGGAGGACUCGGCGUUUCCCGGAUUGGCCGAUCGAGAGUUCCACCUGCUGCACCGGAAUAUUCCGGCACUGCGACGAACCGGAGUGGAUACCACACGCAUUAGACAGUACUUUUACCCCGACGGCGGCUGGGGCUGGAUCAUCUGUGGCGUGUCCUUUCUGGUCCACAUCCUGACCACCGGGCUGCAGCUGAGCUACGGUCUUUUGUGGUUCUAUGCCGUCCAGUAUUUGCAUAAUACCAGUGGCAUAGAACUGCUGGGUGCUUUGAGCUGGUCAGUUUCCAUGGUGGCCACAUCGUUUGUGGUGUCCCUCUGUCGCAAGCGCUCCAUCCGCCUCCUUUCCAUCGUGGGCGGCCUGGUGAUGCCCCUGGGCAUACUGUUCACCUCAUUUGCCACGGAAUUUGGCCAGGUUGUUUUCAGUUAUGGCAUCGUCUUCGGAGUGGGGGUCGCCAUGGUGCGGGAGGCCUCCACCGUGAUGCUGGGCAAUUACUUUAAGCGGCGCCGUCAAUUCGUCGAAAUGGUGGCCAUGUCCGGCGAGGGAGUUGGCAUCGCUUUGUUCUCCGUCAUCCUGAAGGAGGGCGUGGGCAAGGCGGGCUGGCGCCUGGGCCUCCAGAUUGUCGCUGCCCUGACGGCACUCAGCUUUUUCAUGGGCCUAAUGUACCGACCCGCCUCCCUGUAUCACCCCCAGCGCCGGGCCAUCCAGCAUCUCAAAAAUCAGCGCAAAAAGAUGAGGGAGAAGAAGCCGAUUCUCAGCCAGGAGGUGGAGAGCAAGCCGAGAUACUUAUUCCUGGACAUAUCAUCACUGAAGUCGGUGACUGUUAAAAUUUUACUCAUGACCUCCAGCGUGGCCUCCUUUGGCAUUUAUACACCCAUGUUCCUAAUGGCUCUCAAUGCCGCCGAGCAGGGCUCUGAUGUGCAGGAGUUGGUUCUUUUGCAAACAUUUCUAGGAAUUUCCAUGGCCCUGGGUGUGGUCAUAGCUGGAGCUUUGCUUAGACGUUGCUUUGUGAUCAGGCACUUUGUGAUCAAUACGAAAAUUGUCACACAGCUGUUCCUAUCAAUUGUGGCCCUGGCCAUCCUAUUUCUUUCCUUUGUCAUGGGUUAUACCGGCCUUUGUAUACUAAGCUGGUUGUAUGGCAUUGGCCUGGGCGGUUUUCAGUACUCCCUGAAGAUUUUAGCACUCGAACGCAUUAAGCUGAAACACUUCUCAAAGGCUUGGGGCUUUAUUCGGGGAGUCGAGUCAGUUCCUGUGCUGAUAAGCGUUCCACUCACCUCGUUUCUGAACGAUUACUCCCUUAAAUACGGUCGAGCGGGCUAUUACAUAUGCUCGGCGGCGGCUGCCAUCUCGGGAAUUAUAAUAUUUUUCAUAAGUGAGCCGCAGCAGCAGCAGCAGCAGCAGUUGCAACAUCAUUAUCAGCAGCGAAAUGGCCAUUUGCCGACUCCCAUGCUGAUGCGCCACUCCUCCGCCCGCCAGCCCCGCCCCCAUUUGCCGAUGGACUACGGAUAUGGGGAGUACCCCGCCCCGCCCGAUCUCCUCAGCCGGAGCUGCAUUAGCCUCAAUCAAAUGGAGCCCUAUCUGCAGACCAACUUCUGCCAAAGGCACAUGUUGCAGCAGCAGCAACAGCAGCAGCAGCAACACUCCCACCUGCAGCAGUUGGCCUGUCACAAUCUCGAUUUGCAGCAGCAGCACCAGGGACGUGGAGCCUACCAACUGGGCCAAGGGAGCAUCGGGGCCAAGAUGGGCAAGCGACUGCAGCGGAGUCUGUCCUUCAUCCAGCAGCACAGCAACUGCUGCGAUGGCCAAAUGUACUGCAGCUGGCACAGCACCUACGAACUGGGCUGUCACAAGAGCAACAAGAACCCUGGAUCGGCGGACCAGCAGCCAUUGAUAUGCACCUGCAGCAGUCCGAACAGGAACCCAGUCACCUAUGGAACACACGGCCCACCUGGACCCCAUGGACCACCCAGCUCCACCCGCAGUCGCAGUGUUCCGGAGGGUUUAUCCACGAUGUCGCAGCAGUGUAACUGUCGUCAGGCUGCUGCCACUUUUCCGGCCCCCACGCGGGAGUUCAUCUACGUGCCGCACGCCUAUGCCUCCCUGCAAAGAACCCCCCAUCGCCACAGCCAGGGGGCGGGAGGGGGUGCGAGUUCGGGGUCGGCAUUGCGAAACAAUCCACAAUGCCGCCUGAAGCGAUCCCAGUCCCUCUGCCGACCCACUGCCGUUCAGUUUGUGGAGCAAAUCACCACGUCCGUAUAAGAAAGUCGUGGGUGUGACAAGGGCACUCGGAAAAAAGUGUAACGAAAGGCAGAAACAUGUUAAACAGAAUUUUGGGUCAAGUCCCUAACUGAAAAUCUCUAGAUUUGAAAAUUAUAUGCUUCAGAAGGUCAUUAUUUUAUAUGGAAGUUCGAGAGUCAAAAUAAAUCGUAGCAUACUUCAAGACACCUUCUUAAAAUUAUUUCAAACCUUAUAGCUGCUUUCCCAACUCAUUCAUUUCCCAACUCAUUUCCCAACUCAGUCCCUAACUGAAAAUCUCUAGAUUUGAAAAUUAUAUGCUUCAGAAGGUCAUUAUUUUAUAUGGAAGUUCGAGAGUGAAAAUAAAUCGUAGCAUACUUCAAGACACCUUCUUAAAAUUAUUUCAAACCUUAUAGCUGCUUUCCCAACUCAUUCUAUUUAUACAUAAUUAAUUUUAUUCAAUUAUAAUGUUUAUAUAUAAUUUAUAAUUUGUAUUACUCUAGUGAGUUCCCAAAUUUCGUUACCAUUUUUUCCGAGUGUAAUACGUAACACAAAAACAGAGCAGAAAAUCGAAGAGGCCCCGCAACAAUUGGGUCCUAUAAAACUUAUAUUUUGGUAUGUUGCUCCCACCCACACACACGACUACGUGAACCGCAUGCACAAUUUGCCAGAUCUCUUCUAGUCUUUUGUCGUAGCUCUAUUAGAAAUGUAAACUUAAAAACACCAACCGAAUGAAGUCGAAAGUGUAACUGAAGUCCCACAACACCCAAACGAAAAACGAAACUCGAUGAAUUUUUCACAGGAAAUCCACAUUAAACUUUUACACACACGCAUGCACUAAGCUAGGAUGAAAAUUUUACUCAUUAGCAUAUUAACAUAUUAUAGAGAUUACAGACAGACGAAAAAGCUUUAUCUUUGUCUCAAGCAAAAAGUAUUCAACUUGUGGCCAGUGCAUAAAUAUUUAUGAGAUAAUUCAAUGGGGCAGAGAACAGACGCAAACUGAAAACAAACAAACUUCUUAAAUGGUCCAUUUUAUAAACGUGCAUACAAUUUAACCACCGAAAACCGAAAACCGAUUACCGAUAUAUACUCGUACAUAUAGGCAGAGGAGAAUGCGUAUAUGGACAUGAAGUCGAUCCAAUUAAACGACUCUUUACCCCGGGGACAAGGCUGAGCUGUCCUGAGUGCCGAGUUUUUCGUGUCGGCCGAGUACUUUAUUUUUCAAUAACAAUUAUAUAUUGCAUAAUUAAGAGGCGUUUAAUGGCGGACAACAGAAAGAGGCGAGCGAAAUGUCGAUGGAAAUGAAAAUGAAAAUUACAUUGGCCUUAUUUUCCAAUCGAAAUGAGGCAUAUGAAAAAAUAAUUAUUGCCAUUAUGAUAGCCUGAAUUAAUUGAGAACUUCAUUUCGGACAUUACAAACAUUUUGUAAUGGAAGAAUGCACUCCCAACGAAUUUUAUUGGGCUGAGAUUUUUGGGUGUUCAAGGUUAUAAAUAUGUUUUAUUUAUGACUAUCAGUUCUCACAUUUAUUUUCAUUUUGAUUGCAAGGCAUCUAAAGUAAUCCCCAGUAAAUUCCAAAUAUAUGGCCUAUAAAAAAUAAAAGAAAAUACACAAAGCCAAUUUGUAUAGCAUUAGUAAUUCAUUCCAAUAAAGAUCUGAAUUUGUAAAAGAGCCAGGUGCAUAAUCAGCUAAGUAACAGGUCACAUUACAACCAAUUAAAAAAAUAAUACAAAAACAGUUCGAUGAAGCCAUGAUACAGCAAACAAAAUAAAGAAAAGGCCAGCUGCAAAUAAACAGAAUAAAUUAAAUAUUUGAAAAGCUUAAAAAGGCAAAUAAAGAAGAAAGGACAGCAUAAUAAUGCAGGAGUGAUUGUCAGCGGGGGAAAACUUUCAUAAAGUGAAUAUUAAAAUAAAUUAGUAAAAUGGCAAUCGAAAAAUAAACAAAACCGGCAAAAUGCCAAACAAAUUUAAACAAUAUGUUAAAGGAAAACCCAAUACAAAUGGCUAACCAAACGGACAGCCAAUUUAUAAAAAUUUACGAAUGAAUCGAAUAAAAAUACAUUUACUAAAGACCACAAAAGAAGUAAAAUGAAUUUUCCGCAUCUCACCUCCUUUGUGUAUAAAUUUCCAUUGAAAAUCUUUAUAAUGCACGAACAAAAGGACUUAAGUCAAAACCAACUGCCAAGAAACGCAAUAAAGAAACGUUUGCAUAUGCUUAAAUGAAUCCAUAAAAGUCUUGGAGAAAUUCUUCGCUCCCUUACGGUCAUUAAAAUAAAUUAGAUAUAUAUAUAACUUUCGACUCCAACUCUUUUUCGCCAAUUGUGUUCAGCGAAAACGAAACACUUAGCAUAAAAUAAUAUUACACCCUCAAGCAUAUCUAUGUGCCAAAAAAGAAAUCAUAAAAUAAAACCAUAAACUAUUUGCAAUUUUGCCGAAAUAACACAAAAGGAACUAACCAACUUAAGGUACAACUUGUAGCUAAAACAAUUUUUAUCUGAUGGAAUUUAGAUACGUGAAAUUUUUCAGAGAAAAACCUAAGCGCAGAAACUCAUAUUUGUAACUCUUUAUCAUUAGUAGUUUAGUGUGAUAAAUGUUAAUAAAGAAAGCAUA